CGCGCGCGGAGGCCGCGGCGGGCGGGUGGCGGCGGCCAUGGCCUUCACCCUGUACUCGCUGCUGCAGGCCGCGCUGCUUUUCGUCAACGCCAUCGCCGUGCUGCACGAGGAGCGCUUCCUCCGCAACGUUGGCUGGGGAACAGACCAAGGUAUUGGCGGAUUCGGAGAAGAACCAGGAAUUAAAGCACAGCUAAUGAACCUUAUUCGAUCUGUACGAACAGUCAUGAGAGUGCCAUUAAUAGCAGUGAACUCGAUUACAAUUGUGUUGCUCUUUCUAUUUGGUUGAAGACCAUCUGUUGAAAAUUAGUUUUUGAACAUCUGAAGCGGAGAGGCCGUCCACCACCACCACCACUAUGAGUUUAUUGGAUCCAACAUGGCUUAGCUGUCAAACUUGACAUUCAAUUUAAAAUAAUAAAAACACAAUUUCUAUUUAUCUUAUUUCUUAAUGUUCACUUGCAGUUUCAUUACACAAGAUAACGUGAUCAAUGCAACAGUGCUGUAAAUACAUUGGACUGCAAAAAGUUUUACUGCUGAUGGUUAAUAGCGCCAACUGUUACAGUGUGUUGUAACAUAUUGUACUGAUUAGAAAACUGCACCCUUUUAACAAAUGUCUUGUCACACAGGGAUGAAUUUCCUUCUAGUACACUUCGGUUUAUUUUUAUUUAAAAAAUAAGUUGUUGAGUUUUCAGUUUUAUAGUUAUUAACACAGUAUUAUUAAAUAGACACUAAUUUGGCUAUUAAGAUGUGUUACAAUUUUGGGAACAGAUAUUUUUUAUUUUUUAGUGGAUGAUGGUGGGUGAAAUCCUUGCUCUGUUGAAGACAGGAAGAGUUUGUCAUAACCAGGAUUUCACCCAUGGUAUAUAUUUUCUCAAACCAAUGACAUUUAAGCUAAUGGCAAACAAAGUGUUUUGAAAAUAUGUGCAAUAGCUAUGCAAAAUCAGAACUGUUUGUACCUAAGGCCAGGAAACCGUGUAACUGAGUGUUAAAAUUUAGAUUAGCAAGUGAAGUGCUCACUAGUAUUUCUCAUUGUUUUGUCAAGGAUCUCUUAAAGUAUUUGCUAAAUAUAUGUGUAGUAAGUAGUA